AAAGUAGAGAAAGAUUUGUUGCGAGCGAGCUAGCUAUAGGAAAAAAAAAACUUGUGCGCGCCGGUGGUGGGGCCGCCCGAAAGAAAAGAGGGGAAAGUAAAGGGAGAAAUUAAGAGUUAAGUAGUAUUAUGUGCGAUCCCGUGAGCAAAGUUGAUGUCGAUAAUUUGCACAUAAUCGAACGUUCUCGGGGGUGGCAAUACUGGCAGCGAACAAAUCGUUUUCAGGAGUUCAGGAGACUUGCUCGAAUACACACAACGUACACUCCGGGUCGGCUGUGAAGGCUUGCAUUCGUUCACUUUUACUUUCAUUUGUGGCGCAACCGGUGUUGAAAACCCGUGCCCCAAAAAUAUAGUACACUCGACGCGAAGGCAGGACAGAGAGAAGACGCGAUCGAACGCGGUGCACACUCUUCGGUGACGGUUCUUAGAGUGGUAGUGUGGUGGAGCUAUGGCUCGGUGUUACGGUGGUGUCUUCUCUUCCGGUGCUCGCGACUACCCCGAGGAUAUACAAGUCGCGGGUGCCCUUUAGGACUAAUCACUUCUCCGGGUUGCCCUUUUCAAAAUUAAAGAAAUUCGCCAUGUACUCGGAGGAACAAGAUUCGCACGGCUUAUUAACCUUGCAUUAUGGGAAACACCAUGCCACUAUAGUCGAUGAAAUCAAAACCUGCUUCGCUUCUGAGAAUUACGCCGACAUGACGUUCAUUUGUGAUGACAAGACGACCCUGAGUGCACAUAAGUUGAUAAUGGCGUCUGCAAGCCCUUUAGUACGCCGCAUCCUCGGAGAGAGCGCUCAUGCUCACGGGACCAGCGUCGUGCUCAUCCCUGGAAUCAAAAGCUGCCACCUACGCCAUCUCUUGGAUUUCCUCUACAAUGGUCAAGCGUGUAUCAAGUCAAGUGAGUUGGACAGUAUCCAGGAACUAUUCGAAUUGCUUCAAAUCAAGUCGGAUAUGUGGCAGUCUUCCAAUUCGGAAGAGGCCAAAAUACAGUCUGAGGAUGAAAGCAGCUGGGCAGCAACGGAGAACGAGAACUCCCAACCAGUAUUAGUGAAACGAGAAACGGACGAUGAUGAAAAAGAAGAAGGGGAAAUCAAGGAUGACGAUGAUGACACAACAGAACCGAUCAUUUCCGAAGAACAAAACUCAGGAUCUCCUAACCCGGUUAAUUUAUCUUUAAAUACCAAGAAUGCUGAUGGCGAAAAUAAGGAUAAUGAUUACGAAAACACCACGGAGAAAUCGGAACAGAAGAAUUCUGAUUUGCUGAAAAUUGGUCAGUCAACUGUCAAAAUUGCUCCGAAAGUUCAUGAGCUGUCUCAGUUCCACCAUCACAGAAUGAAACGUAAAAGCGUGUAUAUCGAACCUAUAGAUCUGAAACAUCAAGACGACUUCUCCCAGUUGAAACCUCCUAUUGCUGAUCAAAAACUGAUCUCCCUUGUACAGAGUCCAGACAAUUACGUUGUUACGCCUCACAGAAAGAGGAGACCUGGUUUCCACAACUCGCCAGCACAGAACCCACCGUUUGUCCCGUUCUCUCCGUCCUACAUCGAAGAUGCAGCUCAUCAUCACCAUAGGUAUAAGAGCCUUCCUCCUCUGUUAGCUGCACACCACCCCCUUUCAUUGUCCGCACCGCCGUACCUGGUGGAUAGGACCCACACUCCGACUCCAGGCCAACAUCCAGACACUUCGGGUCCACCCGACAACGUUGUGGUGAAAUACAGACCUCCUAGUGCUGAUCAAGGACUGGCUUCGGAUUCGUACCAGGCUUUUGAACACACAUGGGGUGCUUGGUCCCUCUGUCAAACACAAGUGAACCCUCCUGGAACCGAGGAAUCCCGUGAUCCACCACCGUCGUUUUCAGUGAGCGACGAAACCGCUGAAAGUUCCUCCCAUGCGACGGCAAGCAGCAAGCAGGCGCUACCAGCAGUACAAGUUCGUGAGUAUCGUUGUGAGUAUUGCGGUAAACAAUUUGGAAUGUCGUGGAACCUGAAAACACAUCUCCGUGUACACACUGGUGAAAAACCUUUCGCGUGUAGGUUGUGUGUGGCUAUGUUCAAACAGAAAGCCCAUUUGCUGAAACACUUGUGCUCCGUGCAUAGAAACGUUAUAUCCUCAAGCGACGGCAAUUCAGGAAGGUUCAACUGUUGUUUCUGUCCGCUCUCAUUUGAAUCUCUUCCAGAACUGAUAAGACAUUUAUCUGGGCCUCACAACAAUUUGCUAUUGAGUAAAAACAUGCAUGAGCUCAAGUAGCUCAAAUUACAUUCCAUUUCCCACUGAUGAGGUCGUACAGAAUAUUUUGGAACGACCGCAUCUUGUGAUAUGCUGAACCUAUCAGUGCCUUUUCAUGUAUCUCGUGUGGACGUAGAUGUAGUCGGUAGCCCUCGGGAUAAGAUGAGUAGAAUUGCCCCAGGGUCAGGCACGAGAGUUAUACGGGACCAAAUGUGCCUUCCACUAUGAUCGACGCCCUCCUUUAAAAUUGUGUUAUAGUUGUAUUGUCUAGACAUAAUCUCAGCCGAUGUGUUCAAUUUGACUAUACGUACCUAACUACGCGUGGUGUGUAUGACAAGUGGUAUUUUUCAUGUGAUUAUACGGCUGGUCCGAUUUUAAUUGCAGCUGUCUAUAUAAAUUAUUUAUCGAUCAUGUUAUACACACCACAAGUGGGUUAAUUUUCAUACAUUAACCGAAGAUGCUCGAUCGAUCUCUCUGGGUGGAUGUGAUGCGCUUGAUUAGGGAACAAAAUUAUGCACUCACUUGAGAAUAAAUGAAAGCAAUGAACGAGUAUCGCGAUGAAAUCAAUUCGAGAUUCUUGGAGCAUUUUGGGUUUUUGUAUGUUAACACUUGUAUAUUACUUGCUUAUAAAGUUUUUACUAUAAAACUGGAACAUACGAUCGUAUAUUUUUUCAAUAUACACACCAAAGAAGUAAAAAUUAAGUUGAAAUGCAAUCUUGUAACUUAUUCAUCUCUCUUUUAAUUUGCUCUCAUUUCCUUCCUAAUCACCAGAAUUUUUCAACAGAUAAGGCCAUGUUAGCUAGUUUUUUUUGUAAUUUAAUUAUUACUUCGAUAUUAUUUUGGCCAUUCAGAUUUUAGGUCAGAUUGAUCUACACUAUUCUUUAAAAUUGACUUGGUAAAAAUCUUUCGAACGAUUGUUUUUUAAAACGUGGUACAAAUGUGGUAACUUAGUAUUCUUGUUAGAUUUGUUAAAUGUAAAUAUCUAGUUUGUAAAUAGUGUAUGUAAGAAAAUAAAAUAUUUUUUCUUGUA